CAUAUACGUAUUUUGUAAAAUUAUGAUAAAUGAAACAUUCAAACACAGAAAGUAGUCUACUAAUUGCACACCAAAAUUGUGGUACUUGCACACAGAAAUUGUGGUGGUCGAUAUCUUUACAUUGAAAGACUACUCUGCAAUCAUUAAUUACAAAGUCUUGUUGUUAGUUAAGGUGGGAUAAAGGGUAUGAUUAAGAAAUUAGGAGCAUAAUAAAAACGGACUACGGAGUAGUAGUGUAUGAAUUUAGGAUAUAGCCAUGUAUGUUAUGCUUAUUGUCAUAAAAAAAAGAGAAAAAAAAAUCAAUCAAGUAUUAUAUUAGUAGUUAAUGUAAAAUAUUCACUCCCAUCCAAUCCAUAGUAUUGAAGUUAGAAUAUAUAGGUUACAAAUUGUUUUCUAUAUUAUAAGAUGUGGAGAUUAAAGGUAGGAGAAGGUGCAAAUGAGCCUUAUUUAUAUAGCACUAAUAACUUUGUUGGGCGCCAAACUUGGGAGUUUGAUCCCAACUAUGGCACCCCUGAGGAGAGGGAGGAGGUGGAGGAAGCACGACGUAACUUUUACAACAAUCGCUUUAAAGCCAAGCCUUGUGGAGAUCUCUUAUGGCGUCUUCAGUUCUUAAGGGAGAAAAACUUCAAGCAAACAAUACCUCAAGUGAAGGUGGAAGAAGGGGAGGAGAUCACAUACGAAACCGCGACGACAACAUUAGAGAGAGCAGUGAAUGAAUUCAUAGCAUUGCAGUCUGAACAUGGCCAUUGGCCUGCUGAAAUUGGUGGCCCUCAAUUUUUCCUCCCUCCCUUGGUAUUCUGCUUAUACAUUACAGGGGAUCUGAAUUCUGUUUUCGGACCAGAGCAUCGUAGAGAGAUUCUUCGAAGUAUCUAUUAUCAUCAGAACAAAGAUGGAGGUUGGGGAUUGCAUAUUGAAGGACACAGUACCAUGUUCUGUACUGCACUCAACUACAUUUGUUUGCGAAUGCUUGGAAUCGGACCUGAUGAGGGUGAUGACAAUGCUUGUCCUAGGGCUCGUAAAUGGAUCCUUGAUCAUGGUAGCGUUACUCAUAUCCCUUCUUGGGGAAAAACUUGGCUUUCUAUACUUGGCCUGUUUGAUUGGUCUGGCUGUAAUCCAAUGCCACCCGAGUUUUGGAUCCUUCCGUCGUUUCUCCCUAUGCAUCCAGCAAAAAUGUGGUGCUACUGUCGAAUGGUUUAUAUGCCAAUGUCAUAUUUGUAUGGAAAGAGGUUUAUAGGCCCAAUCACACUUCUCAUCAAACAACUUAGAGAAGAACUCUUCAACGAUCCCUUUGAGCAUAUUAGUUGGAAGAAAAUACGCCAUUUGUGUGCACCUGAGGAUCUUUACUACCCUCAUCCAUUAAUUCAAGAUUUAAUGUGGGACGCUCUUUACAUCUUUACGGAGCCUCUCUUAACUCGUUGGCCUUUCAACAAGUUGAUUCGAAAAAAGGCACUAGAGGUUACGAUGGAACACAUUCAUUACGAAGACGAGAAUAGCCGUUACAUAACCAUCGGAUGUGUUGAGAAGGUAUUAUGCAUGUUAGCUUGUUGGGUGGAAGAUCCUAAAGGGAAUCAUUACAAGAAACACCUUGCUAGAGUCCAAGAUUACAUUUGGAUUGCCGAAGAUGGAUUAAAAAUGCAGAGUUUUGGAAGUCAAUUAUGGGAUUGUGGGUUUUCUAUCCAAGCAUUGCUAGCUUUUAAGAAAGGUCACUUCUUCAUUAAAGAGUCACAGGUUAAGGACAAUCCAUUGGGCGACUUUAAAGCUAUGCACCGCCAUAUCUCGAAAGGAUCGUGGACUUUCUCCGAUCAUGAUCACGGUUGGCAAGUAUCUGAUUGUACUGCUGAAGGCCUCAAGUGUUGUCUAAUGUUAUCAACAAUGCCCCCGGAAAUUGUCGGAGAAAAGAUGGACCCUGAACGACUUUAUGAUUCCGUCAAUGUCUUGCUUUCUCUACGGAGUAAAAAUGGUGGGAUAUCUGCUUGGGAACCAGCAGGAGCACAAGAAUGGUUGGAGAUUCUAAACCCAGUAGAAUUUUUUGAAGGCAUUGUCAUUGAGUAUGAGAACUCAUAUAAUAGGUACGUAGAAUGUACAGCUUCAGCAAUUCAAGCUUUAGUUAUGUUCAAGAAGUUAUACCCGGGCCACAGGAAGGAAGAGGUCGAUAAUUUCAUCGUAAACGCAGUCCGAUACCUUGAGAACACCCAAUACCCUAGUGGAGGAUGGUAUGGAAGCUGGGGGAUUUGCUUCAUAUAUGGGACAUGGUUUGCUCUAGGAGGGCUAGCAGCUGGUGGAAAGACGUACUAUAAUUGUGCUGCUAUUAGAAAGGGUGUUGAAUUUUUGCUUACAACACAAAAGGAGGAUGGAGGUUGGGGUGAGAGUUAUGUUUCAUGUCCCAAAAAGAAAUUUGUACCAAUAGAAGGAAAAUCCAAUCUGGUUCAAACUGGAUGGGCUUUAAUGGGUCUACUUUACGCUGGACAGGCACAAAGAGAUCCAAGUCCUCUACAUCGCUCUGCAAAGCUUUUGAUCAAUUCACAACUCGAAAAUGGUGAUUUUGCUCAGCAGGAAAUAUCAGGAGUGUUCAUGAGGAAUUGCAUGUCACAUUAUACAAUGUACAGGAGUAUUCACCCUAUGUGGGCACUUGCAGAAUACAGAAACCGUGUUCCAUUACCCUCUAUCAACUUUGCCUAAUCGAGUUACAAUAUUGUCCAUUACACUCCAUAUUCGUAUGAUAUAUAUUGUUUGUUUUAAAUCUAAGCCCUCACAGAUGUAUUUUUUGACACCUUCCCAAUAAGCAUGAUACUAAUGGAGUGUGCUUCCACGUAUAAGAAAGUUUGUUCUUCCUUGUAUUUCCCCAUGCGCGAUUUAGGAUGAACAACAUAUUAAUUAAUGGUGAAUUGGUGAUCACUAUAUGAUACUAAUGGUGUAAAGUUGAUUUUUGAAUAAGAUAAAUAGAUUAAUAAAGGAUUUUUUUUGUUC